AUGGCCGAUGUUACAGACGACUGGAUUGACGAUGACAGCGAGGACGAAGAUGCUUUACGACCUCUUGACCAAAGUGUUGAACGGAACCCCGUUUUCUACAGGCCCGGAAAAGAUACUACAGCUACAUUGGCUGCAGACAGCAUCCGCCCUCCAACCACACCAUCUGGGGUUUCAGAUCUCAUCGAGGAGGUCGAUCCUGUGGUCAGCAUUGCCGACAGAGCCAAGACGCGCACUCGAAAGACUCAGGUCAAGAAGCCGACUUACGAGUCUGUCAACCAUGAUGUGAUAGAGUUGACAUCCGACUCCAACCUCGACGAACUAUCACUCAAGCAUCCACGCAAGCGGCAGAAAUCCCAAGACAAGCCCGUCAAGUCCAAGCCGAGACCCAGGCCUAAACCGAAGCCUAAAGCUAGGACAUCACCUUCACCGAAGGUUCCUGAAUAA